AUCAUGGAUCCCUUUAAGUUCUUGAGUUGAUGUUUAUUGAGGGAGGAUCAGUUUCCUGAGCACCAGCUCAUAUUGCACAGAUUCUCCUGAAGCUUUAUUCUGACAAGGCCGAACCUUUAUCAGUUAAAUCUAGUUACAUAACAAUUCCCUAAUAUAGUCUUAACUGCGGUGCCUCAUCGGUGUGACCACAUUUUAAGUGAAAUAUUUAGCUUCUUAUUAAAACAUUGGAAUAAAACCGCUUUAAACCGGUUUAAUAACUAAUAUGAAAUGAAUGUAAAACAUCUCCUUCUGCUGAGCUCAUCUGACUUCUACUUUAAAAGGUGAGAGGAUAUGACAUCAUCACACACUGUACCAACCUGUCCUAUUGCAACAUACCAUCAUAACAGGCGUCAGCAUAUUUUCCCUGAUCCACACCUUGUAUGAGUACAAAUACUGCAGCUAGUGUUUCAAAUAAAAACAUAAACCAGUUUUUGGAAAGAAAAAAAAAAGAGGGACAACAAGUUCUGACAAGAAGUCCACUUUCACGACCAAACAUGCUGCAGACCUCCUUUCUUUUUGUUUUGACUCAACUCUUUAAAAAAGAGAGAAAAAUACAGCUAACAUGAAAGUUUUUGUUUAAACUUUACAACAGCAUUAUGAGUUUGUCACAUGCUGACCCUGAUCCUAAUUUGGGAAGCCCUYGGGGUGGAAAUGUUUAUGUAAGCGAUAGCCUUAAGCGUCACACCAGGGGCAAGCCAGAAGCCAAUCACGUCAAAGAUCUGGCACUCCAGGGCCACGCCCCCUUCUCAACAUGCCACUGUUCCUGGAUGGAGGAAAUAUAAAGCAGGCUGACAAGCCAAAGAGGGAGAAAGAGACGAGAGGGAACCAUGAAAGAGAACCUCGCCAGUGYUUCAACUCUGAACAUGGCUUUUACCGAAUGCAUGAAACCUGCUGACUUGUCUGCUGGGAAAAAGGACAUAAAGAGGAAAAACUGGAGAAACCGAAUAGGAUUUCUGCUGAAGUCAAACACUUCCCAGUCAAUACUGCAUCCCAUGAAAACCAGAUCCUACAGGCCAAGCGUUGAUGACGUGAACCAAUGGGCACAGUCGCUUGACAAACUGCUCAGUCAUAAAUACGGAAAAGCCGCCUUUCGCAUCUUUUUGAAAUCCGAGUUCUGCGAGGAGAACGUGGAGUUUUGGACGGCGUGCGAAGACUUCAAGGCGCUCACGUCACACAGAGAUCUGGUGUCCAAGGCCAACCACAUCUACGAGGAGUUCAUUAAAAGCGAGGCUCCUAAGGAGAUCAACUUGGAUUUCCACACCAAGAACGCCAUCACUGAGAGCCUCCAGGAGCCCACAGCGACAAGCUUCCAGGCAGCUCAGAAGAAAGUCUACAGCCUGAUGGAGAACAACUCCUACCCCAGAUUUAUCCACUCUGAGCUCUACAAAGAACUGUGUGCAGCAGCCAAGGGGGAGAGCCGGCACAUAAAGUCCUAGUCAAACUGAAAACCCCACACCUGAAAUCAUUUGUUUAUCGCUGCGACUGUGAACUGAGCACAGAUAAGGUUUAUUCUGAGCACCGGCUCGGGAUAAGAAGUCCUGAAUGCAAAUUCUGGCCAAAAGCGGCGGCAAGUGUGGAAAAUGCMAAGUGGAGCCAGUUUUAGUCCGUCCUGCUGAAAGACUUCAACAAGGAAGUGUGCCUGAAAAGGCUGGGAUGUUACACGAUGCUGCAGGAAGUGUGCAGAACAUUUUUUUAUAAGAUGGAACUAAGUUACAGUUUGUUUCAUCACAGGGUCGUUACCAUCAAUGCAAUUUAAUGGGUCUUGUGCAAUGAUGCAGCUCUGAGAGAACAUCGUAGCAGGGCUGCGAUGGAAGCUGAGGAGAGUUCAGAAAAGCCGACAGCGCUGUGAGAAUGUGACACUUGAAGAUUUUGUUUAGGAGUCAUGCACUGCUCUUACAAUCCGACAUUUUUUUAUGCUACAUUUGCACUGGUUUACACAAAAACGUGUACGAUAAUGUCAACAUUUCCACUCAUGACUUUACAUGGCUUGAACAUCUUGUGAAAACGUAAAUAUUGUGAAAUUACAUUAAUUGUGAUUAAUGCAUAUUUAAACUGUAGGCAGCUGGCCUGUUUGUGAAAUAAAAUGUUUGUUUUUAAUACUGAAAA